AUGGGGGUCGAAACGUCGCCCGAGCAGCAGUACUCGCUGCGCUGGAACGACUUCCAUUCGAGUAUAUUGUCGUCGUUCCGGCACCUGCGCGACGAGGAGGACUUCGUAGAUGUGACGCUGGCUUGUGACGGGUGUUCCUUUACAGCCCACAAGGUGGUGCUGUCGGCGUGUAGCCCCUACUUCAGGAGACUAUUGAAAGCCAAUCCCUGUCGACAUCCCAUCGUCAUUCUCAGGGACGUACAACAAAAAGACAUGGAAAGCUUAUUGAGGUUUAUGUAUAACGGUGAAGUUCACAUAGGCCAAGAGCACCUGACAGAUUUUCUAAAGACUGCCCAAAUGUUGCAAGUACGGGGAUUAGCGGAUGUACCAACAACAGCUACUGCUGGACAAAGACUGAUGACCACCAACACCAACGACGAUAAAAUCUCACCUGCCCCCUCCUCCAUCCCGUGGCCCUCCGCCGAGCACCUCCCCCUCCCCCUUCCCCUCCCACUUCCCCUCUCCUCCUCCCGCCCCUGCGACGAGGAGUUCUCCUCGCCGCCCAGCAAGAGGGCGCGCAGCUCGGAAAGGGGGUUCGCCACACCGCCCGACAGAGGGCGCCACCGCAGUCCCGAAUCCAGGCAGAAUGACAACGGGGACGCGCAUGCGCACGACUCGUUGCUGGGGCAGGCGCUAGAGGGCGCUCAGGCAUCGGUCGUGCUUACCAAAGAGAAAAUCAACUCGGACUCAUCGAUCCAAGCGCAAUCCACUGGGGGCGAGGAGAGCAACAGCAGCGACACCGCGACCAGCGACCGCGGCGACGAACCUGUCACCCCUAAAACGGAGCCCCAGGACUACAUGGGGGGACUGGACGAGCAUCACCCCUUUGGCACCAACGGCAUCAUGGAUCCCAACAGGACGGGCGGGUUCCAUAACGCCCUUUUGGGACUGCAAGGAUUAGGAGGAUUGAUGCCAGGACCAUCAGGAAUGCAUGGAAGCCCUGACAAUUUCGUGUCUCGUCGCUCUAUGGACCUGCUGCGCGUACGGGCCACCGACCCCCGCCCCUGUCCCAAGUGCGGCAAGAUCUACCGGUCGGCCCACACGCUGCGCACGCAUCUCGAGGACAAGCACACCGUCUGCCCGGGCUACCGGUGUGUGCUGUGCGGCACGGUUGCCAAGUCGCGCAACUCGCUGCACUCGCACAUGUCGCGGCAACACCGCGGCAUCAGCACCAAGGACCUGCCCGUGCUGCCGAUGCCGGCGCCGUUCGAUCCCGAUCUGGCCAGCAGGUUAUUGGCUAAGGCCGGAGUCAAGAUAAGUCCGGCGGAACUUCGAGCUCGAGCGUCGCCCACUGGCCCGAGACGUUCCGACGUCAAACUCGACGCCAAGAGCGCCUAUUCAGGCGCCGCCUCAGAGGCGGGCAGUUCCAUCUGCGGCGACAACGAUCCAGAAGAUCUCACCGUCUCCAAUCAAAGGUAUAGUUCGCUAGACUUUGGUCUGUCACCUCCCCUCCACCAGCAGAACAACUUCAAAAUGAACAGGCACAAUCAGGCGGUGGCUGCCAAGAGUAUAGACUCCUUGCAACAUCUGUCUAAGGAGCCCUAUCCUGCGCCUCUAGCGCCCCCUGUGUCUGGGGCCAAUACCACGGGAUCGGCGAUCCUGGACACUUACCUUCAACUCAUCAAAGAGAACAGUCUAGGCAUGAGCAUGAUGUCGGAGCAAGCAGCCGCAGCAAUGCAGGCUGCCAAGCUCGCUCAGCUGAACGCCAUGGGCCUCGACAAAGCCUCGCAGCAGCACUUCCUCGAGCAAAUGCAGCAAAUGCAACAGAUGCAGACCGCCAACGACCUCAUGAUGAAGCGCAACGACGAGAUAAGACGCGGCGAGGCCGAGAUGGUCAACAGCCAUGAGAAGCGAGACGAAGACCUGGACUCGUCUGCCGGAGAAGAAGAAGACUUCAGCGAGGACGAAAUGGAGCCAGAGGCCGCCAAAGCGGGAGAAUAGAGCCUCGGUGUUAGAGUAAGGUCGUUUAUUGAAUCUCGGAGUGAGAGGGAAAGAUAGAGGCGCGUUGGAGAUCAAAGUGAACUGAGGAAAUCAGACAGAACUUGAAAAGAGAUGAUUGUUCGACGCCUCUAUUUUUCUUUGUGGUUAGGUUAGAGCACUCGUGCAUCAGUAGCCGCAAGUCUUGCCAUUGAUAUUACACAUGGAUUCCAUCCAGCUACCUCAGUUUUGAAUCUCAUCGUAGUAUAUUUAUUGAACGUUUCCUUUUUUUCAUUAUAUCAAACAGUGUGUGGCUCAAUUUGAAGAAAAUGUGCACAUUUCACUCAUUCACUAUCAGUAACUUGUGGCA